GUAAAGUAAAUAGAUGGAUACAUACAUGAAAAUGACCACUAACCGCAUCAAAUUUCCAAUCUUCCGUAAAAAUUGUGGUCUAUAAAUAGAGUUUGAGGAAUCCUAUAUUUGUACACAAAUUAGGAAUAGGAAGAGAAACCGCAAAAAAUGGGUAAACAACUCCAUAUUGUUAUGUUUCCAUGGAUUGCUAUGGGACAUAUGACACCAUUUCUUCAUCUCUCAAACAAACUUGCUGAAAGAGGUCAUAAGAUCACCUUCUUCCUUCCUAACAAAGCCAAACAACAAUUACAACAUUCUGUUCUUUACCCUUCCCUCAUUACCCUCCAUCCUAUUACUAUCCCCCAUGUCCACCCUCUUCCUCUCGGUACCGAAACCGCCUCCGAUAUCCAUCUCCACCUUACAGGCCACCUUGCCACCGCCCUCGAUCUCACCCGUCCUGAGGUUGAGUCUCUUAUCAAAGGCCUUACUCCAAAACCUCACUUCAUCUUUUAUGACUUCGCUUAUUGGGUAACCGAGAUCGCCACCGAGCUCGGGAUCAAAUCCGUUCACUACAAUGUGGUUUGCGCCGCUUCGUUAGCCAUCGCCUUGGUCCCGGACCGUAAUGUGCCCCGUGAUCGACCCCUUACCAUGGAGGACAAUGCCCAACCCCCACCGGGCUACCCCUCUUCGAACGUCGUCUUUCGCGGGUCGGAAGCCCGGCAUAUGCUCCUCUUAGGGAUGGAAUUUGGUAGUGGGCUCACGUUCUACGAACGUAUAACUACAGCCAUGAAGUUAAGUGACGCCAUUGCUAUUAGAACUUGCCGUGAGGUUGAAGGAAACUUCUGUGAUUACAUGUCAGCCCAAUACAACAAGCCCGUUUUCCUUACAGGCCCGGUACUUCCAGACAUCGACGACAACAUCCCACUUGAAGCCCAAUGGGCUGAGUGGUUGGGCCGGUUCGAGCCAGGUACGGUUCUCUUUUGUGCAUUUGGGAGCCAGUUUAUCCUUGAGAAAGAUCAAUUCCAAGAGCUAGUCCUCGGAUUUGAAAUGACAAAAUUACCCUUCUUACUGGCAUUAAAGCCACCCAGUGGGUGCGCCUCCAUCGAGGAGGCGCUACCAGAAGGGUUCAAGGAGAGAGUAGGGGAGAGGGGUGUGGUGCAUAGUGGUUGGGUGCAACAACCACUAAUACUCGCGCACCCCUCGGUAGGUUGCUUUGUGAACCAUUGUGGUUUUGGUUCGAUGUGGGAGAGUCUAAUGGCGGCGAGCCAAAUAGUAAUGGUGCCUCAGUUGGGCGAUCAAAUAUUAAACACUAGGUUGAUGGCGGAGGAGCUCAAGGUGGGUGUGGAGGUGGAGAAGGCGGAGAAUGGGUGGGUGUCUAAGGAAAGUUUGUGUAACACUAUCAACUUAGUGAUGGAUCAAGGAAGUGAAGUGGGGUGUUUGGUUAGAAAAAAUCAUGCUAAGUGGAGACAAAUUAUGGUUAACCAAGGAUUUAUGAGUGGUUACUUUGAUACUUUUGUCAAGGAUUUGGAGAUGAUCAUGGGUACGUAAACAACCUAAUACAAUAUAAUGGUUAAUCAAGGAUUUAUGGAUUCGAUCCAUUUAUAAAGAGUUAUAUUGAUGCGAUACUUUUGUUAAGGAUUUGGAGAUGAUCAUGGCUAAAUAACUUAAUUGUGGUAUAAUUUCUUUACAUUAAGUUGAUUAAUAAUUGUGACACCGUAAAGUUGAUCGAGAUCAGGUAAGUACGGCCCAUACGUUGGCACAUAUGGUAAUCAAUGGAGGCACUAUAUUCACUAUCUUUGCUCUAGAACCCGACUAGGUUUUAUCUGUUGGUUUUAUUUUUAGCACUAUUACUGUAUGUCAAAAAAAAAAUUGUUAAAAAUAGAAACUUCAUUUUUUUUUUUUUAUUGUUUUAAGUUAGCAUCAAACUAUCCCAAAUAAGUAGUGAUUCAAGGACAAGAAAUGGCCAGGAAGAGGCUUCUAUAAUUAUGUAAUGUAAGUGGUUAAGAUUUUAUCUUUGUUUUAGUUGGUUA